AUGGCGCCCGGCGCCGCCGACGCGGAGGCGGGCGCCGCGGGCGGCGCCGCGGGCGGCUUCGGCGAGGAGGCUGCGCUGCUGGCCGGCUCCUGGCGGUGGGGGCUCUGGAGCCCCAGCGACGCCGCCUGGUACGGCGCCGCGUCGGAGCUCUGGCCGGCGGCCGCCGCGGCCCCGGAGCGGGAGGCGCCAACGAUCCCACUGAAGAUCCACCAGGCCGAGGCCGCGCUGGCCCUCCCGCGCCUGGCCGAGGCCUACGGCGCGGCCGAGAGCCCCGCGGAGAAGAGCGACAUCCUGCGGCUGGGCAUCGUGCUGCAGCACGGGGGCCUCUACGUGGACGUGGACUUCGAGUGCCUGCAUCGAGGAAGGGGCCUCGCGUGGAACCAGCACCAGUCGGGCAACAUGAAGAGAGGCAUCUGGCGGGCCGUCGCGGCGGCGAGGGCGGAGUGGUCCAAGGUGCCGCUGGGCAACGAGGCCGAGUUCUUCGAGAGGGAGGAGGGCGUCCUGGAGCUGCUGGUGGGCGUGGCGCGCCUGCUGCUGCGUUUCCGCCAGCUCCCCCGCGGGCGCCUGCACUGGUGCCUCUACGUGGCCGCGGACAGGAGGAAGCAGGAGGGCCCCCACCGCCCAGAGGACGAAGUCACGUGGGAGGAGCGCAUCGACGCGCUGUCGGCGGUGCUCCUGGGAAGGAGCCCGUGCUCUCGCCGGAAGCCGAGGCGGGGGACCCAGACGCCCACUCGUUGGAGCUCUACCUCGCGCGGAACCCGCCGCGCCCAUCGCGCUGCACGUGGGCCUGCUGGCGCUGCACGCCUGCAGCUCCCGGGCCGCGGCGCUGCUGCGCCGCAUCGACGCCGCGCACCCCGAGUGGGUGCAGGCGGCCCGGGAGAGGUUUAA